UCUACCUGUUUAGCUUUUCUUCUUCUUCCUUCCCGCCUUCUUUUCCCCCAACCCCUAAAUUCAGAGAAAAGAGAAAAUCUUUAAAAGAUAUCACCAAAUUAAGAUUAAUCUCUUCUCCUUAAAUUCUUUGUUUCCUCAAUCCUAUAUUUCUGUCUAUUUUCUCUUGUAGAUUUUAACUCCAAGAAUUUCGUUUCGCUUAUUCUUUUGAGACAAAAUAGGUUUUGGUAAUUUUCUUGUUUCUGAAAGUUUAUUCGGUGGUUUUUUUCGUAUCUCAUUUUUUUGACAAUUCUUCGUCGAUUUUGAUCUUGCGUGAAAGAAAUAAAGUGGGGAAAUGGAUUGCCGCGUCUGUACCGCGGACGCGGAUCUUUUGUUUAGAUUGAUAGGCGAAGGGAAAUUUGUUGGAAAAAUUGGUAGUUUUAGUCUUGAAAGUGAACAUGAUUUAGCUGUAAUGGUGAGUGAUUUCAUGGAGAAUGGUAGUAGUGGUCCAGAUUCGAGGUGCAGCAGUGAUAGCGAAUCUGCUUUGGCUGAUCUUAACCAUUUAGCUGACAAGAUCUCGCUCUACCAGUACAAGAAAGAUCACCACGAGAGCAAAUUGACAUCAAUUGUGCAUUCCCUUAUACUGUCCCUUAAUAAGGCCGAGCUUCAUUUUAUCAAGUCGAGUCCUUGCAACGCCAGCUGCAUAAGAUUUUCUCUGGUGAAGCUUUUGCGACUUUCUGGUUAUGAUGCUGCUGUUUGUUUGUCCAAGUGGCAGAGUCAUGGGAAGAUCCCUGGAGGUGAUCAUGAAUAUAUUGAUGUGGUCAUUCAUCGUGAUACUGGAGUGUCUGAACGUUUGGUCAUCGAUAUUGACUUCCGGAGCCACUUCGAAAUAGCUAGAGCAGUUGAGUCUUACGACAGAAUAUUGAAUUCUCUCCCAGUAGUUUAUGUGGGAUCUUUACCCAAGCUGAAGCAGUACCUUCAAGUUAUGGUAGAAGCUGCUAGGUGCUCUCUAAAAGAGAACUCUAUGCCUCUACCUCCAUGGAGGUCAUUGGCGUAUUUGCAAGCUAAGUGGCAUUCUCAAUACGAGAGAAAAAUGAAUCCAGAUGGAGAGGGUAUCCAUCACAGCAAUUCUUCUACUGAUCACAGGCAGUGUAUAGGACAUUUGAGGAGAUUUAAAUCUUCUCUUCAAUCAGAAAUUGAAGCAGAAAGGUUAUUGAAACCUAUAAACAGUGACAAUAAUCGGAGGAUAGUACAUGAAAGGCGUAGGCGUCCCACAAUCAGGGCCUUAUAAAGAUUUUAAAAUACUCUUACCAGAAAUUUCUUUUUUUGACUCAGUUCUCACACUAAAUAAAACAGAACCAAUGAAUGGGUCUGUAUCAUACAUCUAAAACCAGUACAUAUAACACGCCAUGAGAGGUGGUGGGGUUCAUUAUUCUUUAUUUUUAGGCAGGUGUGCUCAUUUGUAUUUUCUACAUACGGGGAGUAAAAGUGAACGUAGAGAAGAAUUUUAAGCAUUGGCAGCAACUGGGUUUUCUCAAAAUAGAAGUUGGAACCCGUGGUUACUUGAUCCGCUACCAUGUUGUCUGUAUCAUUUCAUUUUUAUUUUUAGUUUUACCUAUAUGAUCUAAAGUGUAAUGUUGUUCUCUUCAAGCAUUUCAAAUAACUAUUUUUUCUUUCUAUCA